AUGCAUACUACACACAACACCAAGACGCGGGAGAAGCAGUUGCCCAAAGAAGGAGAACAACGGCAAGAGGCGCCUCUAGACUCUGCACAGGAACCAAACACGGCGCUGCAGAAAUCUCCAAUGACCCACGAGCUUGUCGAGAUGCCACCCAAGACACUCUUUCAAAAUUAUCCACGCUCGCUACGGAACCUUGCGCUGAAAGCGAGAAGUUUUGCCUUGUCUCGUGCCAAAGACAAAAGUACAGGAAAAACCGAGGGCAAGGACACAACACCGACACAGGAAGACAUGCUGGGCUUGGCGCGUGGUUUUUGGACUCGUCUGCGCAUCCGGUUUAAAUGGUUUACGAUCCGCAGUUACCGGAGAUUCAACAUUGAUGAAAUUAGCGCGUUUUUCACCCUCGGAGGCCUGGGAACAGCGAUUUGGGUGAUUGUCGGAACCACCACGUUUGUAUCUGUCAUUUUUGCAGCGUUAAACUUGCUCAACUUGCAAGAAUGGAUUGCGCUUCAAAUUGCCAAAUACAUCUCGCGCCAAACAGGCUUUACUGUUGCCUGCAACGGCGCCAUUGUCCCGAAAUGGAAAGAAGGGCGAAUCAGUUUUAAAGACGUUGUGGUAACGCGACAGGCCACGCCAAUAGCACCGGAAGAAUUACAACAGAAAACACAGGAUCAGCGCCCGACGGAUGCGCAGGAUAACAGCCCGAACAAUCUGCUUUUAUGGGAGCACAUACCCGCCUACGACACGGGCAAAGAAUUUGUGCCGCCCUUGGAUGGCGACGAAAAAUCCCAAACGCCGGAAGCGCGGCAGCCAGACAAGAACUUUUCCAUGUUUGAGCUCCAGAUCGACUCGGUCGAUGUGCAGCUCAGUCUUUCGCGUUGGCUCGAUGGCCAUGGUAUGAUCAAUACAGCGAACAUGCAUGGCGUGCGUGGGAUUGUGGACCGGAGAAACGUUUUUUGGGACCCGAAUCUCGUUUACGAUCCACGCGCGACGCGCAGAAAAGCUCGUCCCGGCGACUUUGACUUGCAAAUGUUUACCGUGGAAGACUUUUUGGUGACACUGUACCAGCCAGGUGACUUUCGUCCUUUUAACGUAAGCAUUUUCAGCGCGCGCAUUCCACGCCUCCGCACACAGUGGCUCUUUUACGAUCUCCUAAAUGCGGAAUCAAUCACAGGGCAAAUCGAUGGAUGUCUCUUUAGUCUGCACAAGCCACAGAGUGUGCAGCAUACGUCGAGCUAUUUGUACGGCAAAGGAAACCGCCACUACUUCCAAAACUGGUCGCGUUUGCGUGUAGACGGUGCCAACAUUGACCAUAUCCAGAAAAUGUCCGGCCUGUCCGGCCCCAUGACGUGGAUCUAUUCCGGGCGAUUUGAUCUGGUCGCCGAUAUUAAAUUUCCACGGCAGUAUGACAAAGACGUGGACAUCAACACUGUUUUUUCCGAGAUUCUGGAGAACCUCGGCGCAACCUUUUCGCACGAGCCACUGAAUCGGUACAAAGGCGACGAGCUGAUCCCUGGACAGCCAGUCUUGAGCGAGCCCGCGAUUGUAGCGCCGAUUGCAGCUGUUGGGCCCGUUUCGCAGCGCGCACAGCAGCAGCGCGUCGAGCACGACCAGGCCGGACAAGGCCGUAUUCGGCGCAGUCAACGACUAUUGCACGAGCAGCAGAACAAGAAUGCAGAAAAGGAAGCGCAGGCCACGCUGCCCAUGCCAGGGGAGGGCGAUGACGGCGUGCCCAGUCCGCCCCAAUCUGUGCUCAUCGAGCUGGACUUGCGCUUCAAGGAUAUCAAGGCAUCCAUGCCUAUCUUUACGCGCGAACUAAGCUAUUCGUCGUAUGCAUUUGCACGCCCCAUUGUCGCAUUUAUGAACUCGAAAAAGACCCUUAUCCCUGUGCGAUGCCGCAUUGUGAUGGACCUAAGCGAGUUUGACGGCUCACUUGACCUUGCCCAAACGGGUCUUUUGCCGCUCGUAUCCGACAAGAUCUACGAGGCGUUUGCAAACCAUGUGCGCUCGCAGCAGGCCAACUCGUUGCGUAUGCGCAAUGUGAGUAUCUGGUCCUUGGAUUUGGCGGCGCAUGGCCUACUUCGUAUGGCACGGCACCUCCGUGAUUCAUUCGCACGCGUGCUACCCACGUUAGAAGCGCAGUUUAGUUAA